AUGGCAUCGCGAGUCAUGCUCUCACAAGCGCGGGCAGCGGGGGCGAAGCACGCGCCGCUCUCCGACAACCUCAUCGCGCAUCUCCUCAGGCCGCUGAAAAACCCGCCCGCCGCACCACCCCCCGCAGCCACCAACGUCGCAUCUGCCGCUUCGAAAUUCGCGUCCGCCGCUGAUCCCUCCAGCUUUUCCUCCCCGCAAGCACCGACCCCACAUCCCCCCGCGCUCCCCGCAACUGACCUCGAUCGCCCGUACCGCAGCCAGUUCAGUCGCAGGCCCGCAUCAUCCGCUAUCUCGCCGGCCGUCGUUCCUCUGCUCCUGAACCUCCAACCCGCUCCCCAGCCCACCUUCGUCGGCUCAAUUCUAGACACGUGCGUAGCGCCUCCCGUCGAUGACGCUGUUCCCGUCGUCUCGUGGGCCAACGUGCUGCCCGCGAGCGACGGAGCCGCUGCUCCGGGAGAACAGCCCUUGGCAGAAGCUACCGAUUCCGUCCCGCUCGUCCUUCCGCUCCCCGUGCUGUCAGCAGCCGCUGCUAGCCCCUCUGCUGGUCCCUCCCGCCGCCGCCCCGUCUCCGCCGUUGAUUCUCCCGCUGCUACUAAGGCGGGGAGCGUGGCCGCGACAGCACCGAGGGGCGUUCAGGCGAUCGUAGACGACAUUCUCAGCGGCCGCUUCAAGGACUCGCACCGGGAAUCAUGGCGCGCUGCCAAUGCUACCAAUGCUUCCGCUACCGCGCCCCGUUCCGCCGUUGAACCCGCCGCCGCGCCACCCGCCGCGACCGUCGCCGCUGUUACGGCCGCCCUUCGCGCACCCCCUUCUCCGAGACCGAAUCCCGCCCCUUCUCCCUCCGCAAAGCCCGUUUUCGCAGCGGCCGAGGCCGCCGACUUCCCCCCAUUGCCCAACGGCGUCAUCCUCCCCGACGUAUUCCCCCUCAUGCCGUCCCCAAUCGCCUCUCCGAAAGCCGCGCCAUACCUUUCCGCCUUCACUGAUUGCGCGCGCCCUCCGUCAAAACCAGUGGCGUUCACCAUCGGUUCCCCCUUAGACGAGUUCUUCUCCCCCGAUGCCUCCCCGCCCGCCACGCUCUCCGCUGCCCCGUACGCCCUGGAUCAGGGCGAUUCCCUCCCGAUGCUGUCUGCCACGUCAGCUUCUGCUGUCGCGGCUGCUGCGGCGGUGUACCACCAUCCGCAUUUCCUGGAGUCGCAGGACGGCAGCAAGGGUACAGAGGCGCGGCGCAGCAGCAAGGCCGGCAAGCAGGCUAAGGCCGGUGAGGCCAAGCCUGCCGCUCGCUCUGCUGACCGCAACGGAGGCAAGCGUAGCAAGGCAGGAGGUUCGGCCGAGGCUGAUGAUUGGGUGCGGCAGAAGCUGGAGCAGCCGCAGGCCUCCGUGGGCCAUGGCCGUGGCUUGGAUGCAAAGAGGGCUGGUGGGAAAACUGCCACCACAGUUGCUAUUGGUGCUCCUGGGGGCGCGGUUCACACUCUGGAGCUUUACCUACCUUAUUCCACCGCAGCCAAUAACCCAACCACUAAUGGCCCUGUGAUAGGUGCUGUGGCACCUGCUGGGCCUCGUGUUCCCGACGGCACCCGCGGAUUCACUUUUGGGCGCGGGAAGAGUCUCGAUCUGUGA